AUGGAAAGAUCGGGCACUCCGAAAAGACGGAAGAUCCGCAAAGGUACGCAAAGUUGCUGGGAAUGCAAGCGACGUAAGAUCCGAUGUACCUUCAAUGCCCCUACCGAGGCAAUCUGCGAUGGCUGCAGAAGUCGGCAGACCAGGUGCAUCAGCCAGGAGUUCUGCGAGGAGAGAAUACCGAUAAGUAAAGAGGUCAACAGGCUCAACCAAGCGGAAGACUCGUUCGAGCAACCGCACAAGCGAAACAUCAAUGGCGAGGGCGAUACGCAAACUGCGCAGAUAUAUUCUCAAGAACCGCCUCGCAGAGCUGGCAGUGACAAUGGCAACCGUAGAGAGGUGCUAUCUCCUCGGCCUUUGCCACUGACUGAUGUGAACCUGGAGAGGCAGGCCACCAGCAGCAUCGACCAAAUAUCUGCGGCACUCACGGCGUUGUGGCCCAGUCAGCAUGACCUUGAUAUCAUCUUGAGUGUCCCGGUUGGAGUUUCAGUACUAUAUCACGGUGUGGUGUGCAUCCCAUACUCUACUUUCUUCGCCAAGCAGAUACCUCCGCCACAGAACGAGCUUCAGCUACCUCCACCAGGGUCACAUCCUGUCAUCAUAGCAAGGAAACUCCUGAUGCUCAGUACCUUCUUACAAGCCAUCCCGCCAUGUUUUACAGAGAAGCUAGUCAAACUGACUUGUAACCACCGCAUCCUGAUGUCGAGUAUCGUUGAUAUUGUUGGGAGACUGGUGACCAGCAAUGACGAACUAGUCAACUCACUGGAGGGGAUCGAGUGUAUCAUGGUCGAAAGUAUGUACCGGAACAAUGGCGGCAACCUUCGGCGUGCGUGGUUGACAAACCGAAGAGCGAUGGCUAUUUCGCAGAUGAUGGGACUCGAUGCAGGAAAUAUUGCCAUCCUUCCGAGUAUGGUCCUUGAAGAGGACACUCGAUCUCGCAUCGACCCCAAUCACAUGUGGUUUCGUCUUGUCUGCUCAGAUCGAUAUCUGUCGUUGGUCCUUGGACUUCCACAGUGCUCAGUGGAAAAUGUGUUCGCUACUCCAAAGGCACUUAAGGGUUGUACUCCCUUGGAGCGUUUAGAACGCUUGGAGUCGUUCGCUGGUGGGCUUAUUCUCCAACGCAACAGCGCCGAGCGGCCCAAUCUUGCAGCAACCCAGAGAAUUGAUAAAGUACUCCAGGAAGCGGGGGCAUUGAUGUCGCCACAAUGGUGGAUGAUGACUCCCGAUCUUGCGGUGCUCGCCAGUAACACUGCAAAGGCUUUUGAAGAGACAACUCGCCUCACCUACCAAUUCACACAUAACAACCUCUUAGUACAGCUUCAUCUGCCCUACAUGUUACAACCACCUUCCACCUACCCAGAUUACGAAUACAACAAAAUGACCGCGACAAACGCCAGUCGUACGAUUCUGACACAAUUUCUACACUUCCGUGGGUCUACUUCGUUUGUUUCGUACUGUCGUGGCAUUGAUUUCAUUGUUUUCAUUGCGAGUACGACGUUGUGUCUUGCACACAUCGAAGCCCGACGUCAAAAAAGGCUCGUGGCUGGGGGUGGUCUUACUCCUUUCCAAACUCUUCAACACCAGCGGCAGAGCGAUCGUGGCUUGUUGGAAUGUGUCUUGGAUACAAUGAAAACAAUGACCCAAAUGAACAAAGAUCCUGUUGCAUCUGAGAUCGCUAGAAUCCUCCAACCGCUCUUAGAUAUCGAGUCGGAUUCCGCCAAGGGCCAAUAUUACCAGACAAGUGCUUCAUUAGGGACUGGUAAGCACGAGCCUAAAGGUAGUAUAUGUAUGGAAGAGGUACAAAACCUACUCCGCAUUCAUAUACCUCAUUUCGGAACAAUCAAGAUAGAACGUCAUCAUCUCCCACAAAGUAACGAACAGGCGUGGUCGCUCUCUGGAGAGCGGCUGGAGCCUGUCUCUCAAAUUGGCCGAAUGAAUCCUCCGAUAAUGAUGGGCUCCGAAGCUGUAAUGCAGAAUAGAAUGCAAAACCUCCCUCACCAGAGGGGAGAUCACUCUGACAACUACUACCAAUCAGACCAAGAAGAACUCGAUGCUGGGCGCCCCAAAGAUAUUGACUGGCAAGCUGUGCUGUCAAAUUUUGAACCAGCGUGUCUCCCACACCAAUCCCAGACCGAAUACACCGGCCAAAAUCAUUCGACUUUGGAUACAACGAGUUGCACACAAAACAUUGAUUUCCUCGCCGACUUUGACCACAGCAUAGAAGAAUGGCCUUUGCAAAAUGUCGAUACUGCUCUGUUCAACAGCCUUCUCCAAGGCUGCGUGAACUCAAGUGAAGGAGGCUAA